AUGCUACUGUGCGGCCUUAUCGAUGAGCUACAGCCAAAUACAAAAUUGAGUAACCCAGAGAACCACGUCUCUUUGUCGUUCUUUUUCUGUCAGGCCACAAACUCCGAUUUGAAUAAUGCCGUGGCGGUACUUAGAGGGUUGAUAUACCUCCUGGUUAACCAGCAGCCUUGUCUUCUGUCCCACGUGGAAGAUCAACCAGAAUACAAGGUUACUCAUUGGAACUCUAGAAUCGCGACGGAAGAUCUUUUUCGCAAAAUUAUGUCCGAUGCAGCCCUCGAGAAAGCAUAUCUGGUUGUGGAUGCGUUGGACGAGUGUCUUGAUGAUCUUUCCCAUCUACUCACACUAAUAUCAUCCACGCAUUGGCGCGUUAAGUGGAUUGUAAGUAGUCGCAACCGCUGCGAAAUUGAGGAGUUUCUGGGCCGAACACCAUCCAAGCUGCCACUUUCGUUAGAACUCAACGAGACGUCUGUUUCUCAAGCUGUCGACUAUUACAUCAACCACCAUACCCGCCAACUGGAGAUUCGAAAGAAGCUAGAUAACGAAAAGGCACGAGAAAUCCAGGGUUACCUAUCCGAUAAUGCCGAAGGAACAUUCUUAUGGGUGGCCUUAGUAUUACAACAGCUUGGGAACAGCAAAACCUGGGAGAUUGAGUCGAUGCUUCGAAUGUUUCCCCCAGGGUUGAACAAUCUUUAUGAGAGAAUGAUCGGACAAAUUCGCGACUCUUACGGCCAGAAGCUGUACAUGAAACUUCUUGCCACUGUCUCAGCCGUCUUCCGCCCACUCACAUUAACUGAGCUAUGGACAAUGGAGAAGUCAAUCAUGGAGGAGAUGAGUGUGAAGAAAGAUACGCUUCCCGACAUUAUAGCAGAAUGUGGUUCAUUCCUGACGACCAGAGAGAACAGAAUCUUUUUCGUUCACCAGUCGGCCAAAGACUUCCUAGUAAGAGAUUCAAGUACAUUUCUCUUCGAGUCUGGCUUUGCAAAACACCAUUACGUACUGUUCCAACAAUCCAUUGGUAUCCUGCGCACGCUUGAUAAGGAUAUGUACGGUCUGGUGUAUCCUGGAGCAACGGUCGGAGACGCUCAAAUGAAUUGUCCCAAAUCAAAUCCUUUAAACGGCUUGGAGUACGCAUGCGUCUUCUGGGCCGAACAUUUACAGGAAGCCUACCAGCUGUUCACACAAAUCAAAGACGGAGAGGGCCUCACUGGCUUUGAACCCGCCUAUGAUUUCAUUGCCGAAACAUUUCUCUUCUGGCUGGAAGCUCUGAGCAUAUGCGAUGGCCUUCCGGCAGCAAGAAAUGCCUUGCUUUUUCUCAAAGACCUACCAGUUGAGGUCUACUCUGAACCACGUCAUUUGGCUUUAAUCGAAGACGCCCAUAGAUUCCUUAUGGUUUUCUACGACUCAAUAGAGAUAUACCCACUUCACACUUACGUCUGCAGUCUAUACUUCAGCCCACGCCAUAGCCUGAUUUGGGAAAGAUUUGUUAAAGACUACAGCGCGCACGAGUUUGUGUUGCUUGCUUUUACUUUCCUUAAGGAUAUCCCUGUCUGUACAAAGAAAGUAUUGAAGAUUGUCUUGGUGGUUGAUGUACUCCCUGUGUUCAGCGGGAAAACAUUCCUCCGUAAACGCCAAACCCGAGUUCCGAAAACCGGCUUAUCGGCUCCCAAAUUUCUUGGAUCUGCACUUCAAAUCCGACAACCCGCCAAUACCGAACAAUGCGUUCCAGUUUAUCUUGCGAACACUGCCGCAAAGGUCAAGUGCGUUCACACUGGAACUGCACCUUGCUCAAGAUGUGACCGACUCGGAACAUCUGGCUGCGAACUCUCAAGGCCACAAGUCAGAUCUGCUAAGAAAACCGCAAGGAGGAUACAAAAUGGAUCAGCUGCUUCGACUCCAAUGGGUGAUGAGACUUCCGUGAUUUCGCAGUCGUCAGUCUACCAAAGUCCUGUGACGCCCAUCCCUUCAAGACAACCAGCCCCAUACAAUGAACUCGAGAGUAUGGACGAACACCUGUCGAAUCUGCCGAUGGGCGUCAUUCUGAAAGCUUUGAAUAUCUUUACUGCCAAGUUUCCCGAGUUGAGGAUACUUCAGGCGUCGGCUUUUAUGAAAGAGUAUCAGACGGUUCGGACAAAGGAGGGUAAAGCACUGCUUGCUACCACUCUUGCUAUCACGAGGAAGCAAUGCUCUAUCGUCACAGGGGAUUGGUUGAGGGGUUUAAGAAGCAGUGAGGCUUAUGCGAGUUAUGCUUGGAGCACCCUGGCAGAUGCUAUUCUGCAACCGCCGAAGGUCCAAGUCGUACAGGCUUUGUUGAUUCUGACGUUAUACGAAUGGGGUGUGCGCGAGUAUCACAAAGCCUGGAUGCACUGCGGAAUGGCAAUUCGCAUUAUGCAAUCCCUUCACAGCUCCCGCAUAAGUCCCCACCCCCUCGACGUCUCCCAAAGUCACGACACAGACACCAUGGCCAUAGCCGUAGAAUCUCGCACAUACUGGGCUUGCUUCAUAAUGGACUGUACCAUCAACUCAGGAACAUACAAUCCCCGCAUGCUCCCCAUGUCCGAAAUGCAAAAGCUCAAGGUGCCCCGACCUCUCAACUACACCGAUUUCUCUUUCGGCACUUCGCUGGGUGACACAUCCGGUCUUGCAGAGGGCUUUGAGUCAAUCGCGCUGGGGUUUGAUAUUUAUGCUCAGGCUAUGUCUUUUGUGUUUAAUAAUGGACGUUGUGCACCGGGGAUGUGUGCGGCUGAGAAUUGUCCUUGGGUGCCGGGGUCGCCCUGGGAUCAGUGUAGGGCAAGAUUGGAGGAGUGGAGGAAGGGACAGCAUGAGAGGCUUUGGUACCCGGAGCAGAGUGUUGUUGUGCAUAUGACGUUGGGGCAUGGUGAAUCUUUCAUUUACCUCAAUAUGCUUUACUAUCUCAGUGCAAUCAUGCUCCACCGGGAAUAUUUCCCAUUUUUACCGAAAGCCGACAUGACACCUCGAGGUCCCGUCGACCCUCCCCUCCUCGAAGCAGAAGCGCCGCCAGGUUGGUGGGAUGAAAGUGCCAAGCAGCUCUUCAACGCAGCGGAACAGAUCACAUGCUUGCUUCAAGAAGCAUCAGAGUGUGGUAUCCCACUUAUGACACCUUUCUCUGGAUUCUGUGCUUUCACAGCAUGUUUCCUGAAUCUUUACGUAUUUCGAUUUCCUAGGAUGAAUCUCGGUCGAAGUACAAGAGCUGAACAGCUCAUGAACUGGGGGCUCGAGUACUUGGAAGAGUUUCAAAAUGCAUGGGAACUCGCUGGAGGUUGGAUUAAAACCAUCCAAAACUCAUCACUCCUAUACAAGCGAGCCACAGAAGACGAAGGUCGCUACCGCGGUCGCUCAAGAGCUGAUUUCGAGGCUUUACACCAGUCUAUUCACGAAUAUCGUAUUGUCGAUAGAUCAGAUCAGCAUUUACAGCAGAUCAGUCACGCUGAUAGACAGCGAGAAGAUGGAAGUGAAAGUUUGGUGGCUGCCCAGAACCAAGCUCUUGGUUUGGGAGCGACUGUUGCUGUGCCGGAUCCGUUCCCUAAUUGGUGGUCUAUGUUGCAGGAGGUUGAGUUUACGGAUGUCGGGAAUUUAUGGAAUGGGAUGCGUGAGAUGUAG